AUGAACGAAGCAUUACAGUCGAUCGUCGAUACACACUUAUCCGCUCUGGAACCCAGCGGCUUCAAGGUGAUGAUCACGCGAAGGGUUCCAGCGUUCUCUAUGUCCAACUGUCCAUAUUGCGACGAAUGCAAGGAGGACUACCUGGAGCUCUGGUGGGAAUGUUCACAUUUGAAUGGUUUCAAAGAACCCUAUCAGCAUGUCAGCCUUAAGUUGGGUCACUUCAACAUGGAGCGCUUGCUCGAAGAAAGACUGAGCAUGCACUAUCGCGAUAUUCACUUCGAGAACAUGAUGCGCAUUAUCAAGUAUAUUGGUCCAAAAGCUGGUGGCAACAUAACACUUGCGUUGUUAUAUCUGGAAGACAUCUUUACCCGCGACCAGAUCGCUACCUUCAGCAUAGAUCGAGUUGACGACAGGCUGCCCAGGGACGUCAUUGCUUAUUUUGACACCGAGAUGAACUUCAUCGAAAGCAAAAUGGAACCCGAGCGCCUGCCUCCGAUAUAUGCAAUUGGUGCCGCUGCAGAUCAUUCGCAUGGAAUUUCUCUGGACGCACUAGAACAGUGUAUACGCCUUGCCCAGAUCACUUGUUCGAAUUUAGAUUAUCCCAGGUCUGUUGAAGACGUCUUCACCGCAGCAAAUGGAUGGCUUACAGAUCCACGCACUGGAGAUCGAAAGGUGGAUAUAUGCUGCAAACCCGCCUUCACUUUAUACGUGAAAGAGAAGUACAAUGAUUCGCUAGAACGGGCGAGGCACCAUGUCAAAUCCACUGCAGAGAAAACGUCUGGUGCUACCACACUACAUGAGUUCCGAGAGACAUUCUCAUCGGACGAGACACCUAAUCUCUUAGGAAGCACAUUCGACACAUUAGCAAGUGAUAGACCUCCCCCGACACCGCUCAUGAGUCUCGAAGAUGGCCUUCGUAUCCGUGAGCUGGAAGGCAGCUUUGGCCAGGCAUCAUUUCUCAACAAGGGCGAAGGGCUAGUCCAAUCGCCGCCUAGGAUCAACAGCGCUGAAUAUGUACCGAAAGCGUCUCAGGGCAUAUCUCCGCGCCAUAAGCCUGGAGGUAAAGUCACGCAACCAAAGCCAGCUCCAGCGCAGUCGCCAGUGAGACUGUGCGACUUUUGUGUCCGCAAUGUAUUAGAGUGCAAUGCAUCCUCUGGACAACAUCGUCUCUCAAUGGGUGGUGCAAAAGAUUCUUUGUACCAAUGCACAAUUUGCAGUUCGCUCUACGCCAACAUGGAGGACUUCGUAUUGAACGCCGAAAACUGGCCAUUGUAUCACUGGACGCUCCGAGCACUACCACGCGGCAGAGAGUUAAAAGGAUCGAUGAUGUUACGGUUUCGGUCUUCUCAUCCGAAAUUCACAACCAAGGUUUUCCGAUUACUACCAGGAACCGAUCUGCAUGUGCCUAUUCCUGAGGAUUUACAGGGAACAACCGACCCAGAACGCAGUGGCGGGAAUCAAAUCAACAGAUGGAUGGACACUUGUAUGCACGAUCAUCAAGACUGCAGCAAAUCCUGGCACGACCAGCGAUCCAAGCUCUCCUUCCUACCGACGCGACUUCUGGAUGUUGACACUGGAGAUGACAACGUUAUCCGCUUGGUAGAUACCAAAACAACGAAAGUCAAGGGCCCUUACUGCACGCUGAGCCACGCGUGGGGACCACGAGAGAAACCGUUCCUCACUACCACCGUGUGGAACAUGGCGAAGCAUCUAAUCACAGGCAUUACUCUGGACGAGCUUCCACGUAACUUCCAACACGCAAUAUAUGUUACCCGCUUCUUGAAGGUGCGAUACAUCUGGAUCGAUAGUCUUGCGAUCGUUCAGGAACCUUUUGGCGACUUUGCAAAAGAGGCCGAUCUUAUGCACAGGGUAUAUCGGUACUCGCAUUGCAACAUCGUUGCAGCGGACUCAAAGGAUGCACACAGCGGUCUAUUCAGGAGACGAAAGCCUCACGAAAUUCUUCCGGUCGAAUACAAAGGCACUAAUGCACACCAUAAUCUGGGGGACCAGGCUUGGACGAUUGUCCCGGCGGACUUUUGGGAGAAAGAACUUCUGAGCUCCGUCAUAUAUGGUCGUGCAUGGGUCUUCCAAGAACGCAUUCUCUCUCCCCGCAUCCUCCACUUCACAAAACAUCAGAUCUUCUGGGACUGUGGUACACUCUCAGCCUGCGAGGUAUUCCCAAAAGGCCUUCCCUUCCCUCUCGAUUACAAAGCGAGCACGGAUCGACAUUGGCGCGGACGGCUAGCCAGAAGCACGGUCUCAUCCAACGCGCUGAUCGGCGUCAACGACAACGAAAGCUCCUACACUUUCUGGAUGUCCGCAGUACAAAACUACACGGAAUGCGAACUGACGAAUCAAAGUGACAAGACGAUCGCAAUCUGGAGUAUCGCAAAGUUGUUACGCGAUUUCAUGAACGAGCAAUACGCUGUGGGUAUGUGGUCUGAGGCGCUCGAGGAGCAAUUGGCCUGGAGAGUGCGUGAUACCAAAUCAUGUAAGAGGAUGCCGGAGCUCGAUGCCAACAUUCCCAGCUGGUCAUGGGCAAGUGUCAAAGGUUCUGUUAUGCCUCAACACCGACUGGCCAUACGGUCAUACAAGAUUACAGAUCAUGAUGGAGCUGUCGUCAAUUUUGCGGUCAAAAAAGAAACCAGACAAGGCGACAAGGAGCCAGUACUACAGAACAGAACAUUGGCACUCAAGACGCAUAUCAACAUUGGGCGACUGAUAAAAGUGCAAGAAGACCAAUACCGUCUCUAUAUCUUGAGCGAAACCUCUAGCGAUGCUAUUGAACUAGAUGCCUUCCUCGACACUCCACCAGCGACUACUAGCACCACCUCAGCCAGCUAUCCAAUCGAUCGAUGCAUUGAUACGGAACGCUGCGCAUUCAUCAUCCUCGCCGCAUCCGCCACUCCAAACCCCACCAACACUCCCCACCUACCCCAACCUUCUUCCCCCAAAGCGCGCCAGACGUACUCCGGUGUAGGUCUUCUCCUCAUCAAACACACUUCCUGGAUCUCUGGGCAGGAACGGCUGUACCAAGAAUACAAAAGCGCACUAGCAGGCGUAGAACCGUCUCGAGAACAACAAUGGCGGCUGGACGCAUUCGAGAAACUCAUGUUGCAGCAGUCGGAGCGAGUCAUGAAGAUGGGAGGGAAGAUUGAAAGCGCAUAUCGGCGGGUGGGAGCGCUGCAGUUCCGGGAUAUGGAUGAGCGGGCUUUCAAUGAGAUGACGAAUGAUCAGCAUCGGGAGGAUAUAUGGUUGGAGUGA